GUGUAAAACCCUAAUAAAAGCCUACACAGAAGCAGAAUCAAACCCACCGUUAUCUUCUGUCUAGUAUAGAGAGAGAGUUUUUUUUUCUCCUCUUUUUACUUUCAGUUCUUCUUCAUCCAAGAAGGAGAAGAAGAAACCUUAGACAGGUUAGUGGUUUCUUCGUGCUUGGUUAUAUUUCAAAUCUCUUGCAAUGUCAGACAGUCAGGAUACUGAUAAGAAUAUCGAGAUAUGGAAGAUCAAGAAAUUGAUUAAAGCGCUAGAAGCUGCUAGAGGUAAUGGUACAAGCAUGAUUUCUCUCAUCAUGCCACCACGAGAUCAGGUUGCUCGGGUCACUAAGAUGUUGGGUGAUGAAUUUGGUACUGCCUCAAACAUCAAGAGUAGAGUUAACCGUCAGUCAGUAUUGGGUGCGAUUACCUCUGCUCAACAGAGAUUGAAACUUUACAAUAAGGUCCCUCCAAAUGGUUUAGUUUUGUACACAGGAACUAUCAUGACAGAUGAUGGGAAGGAGAAGAAGGUUACAAUUGAUUUUGAGCCUUUCAAGGCAAUUAAUGCAUCAUUAUACCUUUGUGAUAAUAAGUUUCAUACAGAGGCUCUAAAUGAACUUUUGGAAUCUGAUGACAAGUUUGGUUUCAUAGUCAUGGAUGGAAAUGGUACACUUUUUGGGACACUAAGUGGGAACACACGUGAAGUGCUUCAUAAGUUCACAGUCGAUCUCCCAAAGAAACACGGUAGAGGAGGACAAUCUGCUCUGCGUUUUGCUCGUCUUCGAAUGGAGAAGCGUCACAACUAUGUGAGAAAAACUGCUGAGCUUGCAACACAAAUGUACAUCAACCCAGCCACUAGUCAGCCUAAUGUCUCAGGGUUAAUUCUUGCUGGAUCUGCUGAUUUCAAGACAGAGCUGAGUCAGUCCGAUAUGUUUGAUCCCCGUCUUCAGGUCAAGAUACUGAAUGUGGUUGAUGUUUCUUAUGGAGGUGAGAAUGGUUUCAAUCAAGCCAUUGAGCUUUCUGCCGAGAUUCUAUCUAAUGUGAAGUUCAUUCAGGAAAAAAAUUUGAUUGGUAAGUACUUCGAGGAGAUUAGUCAAGACACGGGGAAGUACGUAUUUGGUGUGGAAGAUACUCUGAAAACUCUAGAAAUGGGUGCCGUAGAGACACUUAUUGUGUGGGAAAAUCUGGACAUCAACAGAUACGUACUGAAGAACAGUGCCACUGCGGAGAUAGUUAUUAAGCAUUUGAACAAGGAUCAAGAAGCUGAUCAAAGUAACUUUAGGGAUUCGGAAACCUCUGCAGAAUUAGAGGUUCAAGAAAAGACUUCAUUGUUGGAGUGGUUUGCUAAUGAGUACCGAAAAUUUGGAUGUACACUUGAGUUUGUUACCAACAAAUCCCAAGAAGGGUCCCAAUUUUGUAGAGGUUUUGGAGGCAUUGGAGGUAUCUUACGUUACCAGCUUGACAUCAGGCAGUUUGACGAGUUGUCGGACGGGGAAGUAUAUGAAGAUUCAGAUUAGAAACCUAUCAACCAUAUCUCAGAGUUGGUGUAGGAAAUAAAUAGAAGUCGUUACCUGGAAUUUAUGAAGGCUUGAACUUGUUGCUGUUAUGCUGCUGCGGCGUACUUGAACUUGUUGCUGUUAUGCUGCUGCGGCGUACUUGACAAUGGUUUCAGGAAGGAAUUGAACUGAAGGUUUUGCCUACUCUGAUUUCUUCUGCUUCUAUGGUUGAUUGCAUGUUUCAUGUCACAUUACUCACACAAUUAGAGUUUCCUAUUGUGUGUACAACUAAACCUAGGGGUUUUGUUUAGCUAGAGGUGGAUUUUGGUUAUGGACCCUCUAGUGGGAAAAAGACAUUUUAAGUUAUUGCUGUUGUGAUUGUUGCACCUUCCAUUUUGAUGUGGUUAAGUCAUACUUUUUUUCUUUUCCUGA